CCUUGGUUGAUGGCAUGUGAGCACCACAAGUUCUAUCAUGAGCACCAUUUGCCUUUCAGAUGAACAUUUGCACAAUUGUUUCAGUCUGUAUUCACAUGAAAGAACUGGCUGCAUUAUUUUUAUAUCUUGCCUGCCGGUUCAGAAGUUGGACAAGCUUUCAGCUUCGCAAGGCGUAAGCUGUCACUUGUGCACUAUAGAAUUUGUGAUUGGUCAUUUAUGGUGUCAGUAUUAUGGGGACCUGCAGCUGCAGAACUACUUUGUGUCCAAACCAACCAAAAUUCUUGAUUAUUCAUUAAGUUCAUGAAUUGAUAAUUGAAGGAGUUUAUGACCGAAGUACUUGAGUUUUGAGGAAAAACCGAUAGUCUGUGAAUGGUCUGAUCAAGGCCAACCUAGUUGAUACUUGUUUUCAGAGACUCUAAGUGUAUACAUGUACCAUAUGUUAUUUACAAUAUCAGUAGAGUUUGCCCAUUAAUAGUGUCAGUUGUUAUAUACAUGUACAGUGACGUAAGAAUUCUGUGGGAAAGUUUAUACAGAGGAUUAAUUCAUAGCAGCAUAAUGUCAAGAGAUUUGAACGAGGGUCGGAUCCAAUUGAAAACUAGGUCUCGAUCUCAAGAUGAAAGGUGUGUAACUGAGAAUAUCGCGAAUUUUCAUUUGUCUGUUUGGAAAUGAUCGUGACCUCUACUCUCUGGCAGAUGUAUUUGUGAAGAGUUUCAGUGUGUAUGACAUCAGCUGAGAGUGACAUAAGAGUGUUGUUGGGUCAGGAUUAGUAGCACUGCACUGCACACCUCAGUGUGUAUGUCAUCAGCUGAGAGUGACAUAAGAGUGUUGUUGGGUCAGGAUUAGUAGCACUGCACUGCACACCUCAGUGUGUAUGUCAUCAGCUGAGAGUGACAUAAGAGUGUUGUUGGGUCAGGAUUAGUAGCACUGCACUGCACACCUCAGUGUGUAUGUCAUCAGCUGAGAGUGACAUAAGAGUGUUGUUGGGUCAGGAUUAGUAGCACUGCACUGCACACCCCAGUUAACACAUCUUUCCCUUUACAUUGUCAUCAGUUUGCAUGCAUCACUUGUUGCCUUUAGCUGAGAAGUGCUUUGUUUCUUUGCUUCAACGUCGUGGUUGUUCUUGUGCUAAUUGGUGUUUGUGCUUCGCUUCCAGGGUUACUCAUGCUGCUGGUUAUGUGCAUGUAGCAAAGUCAUUGUCACGGCCGGCCGAUCAGUGGUCAUACCUGUUAAUGUGGGAGGAAACCAGAGUCAGCGACCCCAUGGCCAAGGAAAACCAAACUGCCUAAUCAGGUACUAAUAAGAUGCCAUCUGCCUUUGCACAGCUACAGGUAAACCAUUUCAUAUCAAUUCAAUGAGUUAUUCCUAGCCUGUCACUUUUGAGCUGGGAGUGUUUUCUUUUUGAUUAAUAAAGCUUGAACUCCUGGCCUAAUGACCAGCAAUCUCAAACUGAUAAGCCGUUGAUAUAGGCAUUCAGAAAUGUUCAAACUUGCAAUUAAGACAUGAAAAUCAAUGAUUUUGGGAUGUGCCCUGUGCAAGGUGACCGGGAGACACAUUCUGAUCGACUUCUUAAAAACAGCGACGUUAUCGACCGCUUUCAUUGUUUCUCAGCUGCUUUCGUUACUCUUACUUCAUGGAGGCACUUUCCGACUCUGACUUGGAUCUUGUAUUCGAAGUUGGCCUUCUCUGUGCUUCGUGGAUAAUCUUGAAUUUGCUUUGAGUUGAGUGUGACCGUAAACUUCAAGAUGGCCGAGUCUCUGUCCACUAGUAUCACCUCCCCCACUCUGAAGAGGAAAGGUCUUAUUUUCAAACUUAAAACAAUGAAGCUGUUUCGAUCUCGGAAGGAGAAGGAGGGAAAGUCAGGUGAUGCUGACCCAGCUGUUCAGGUUGAGGUUGAUAACGUACCGGGACAAAGGUAUCCUGGCCAUGUGCAAGAGAGCGAUACACUGGCCAGCGUACUCGAGUCCCAGCAGACGGUGCUAGAAGAUGAAGAGGACGAGGAAGAACAUUUACAAACGAACAUUCAGAGUUUGAUGAACCUACUGAAAGGCAAUAUAGGAACAGGUAUCUUGGCCAUGCCCUACGCAGUCAGUAAUGCUGGAAUUCUUUUUGGGACCUUAGGUAUUGUUGUGGUAGGAAUCAUAGCAACCCACUGUAUGAAUAUGUUGAUCAACUGUGCACAUCAUAUAAAGAACAAGACUCAUAGACAGGGUGUAGAUUAUGAAGACGUGCUGGAAGUGUGUUUUGAAAUAGCGCCUUCACCUUUCAAUAAAUUACGCAAACCAAUGAAAAUCAUAGCAUUGAUAUGCCUGAAUAUAACUCAGAUAGGAUUCUGUUGUGUAUAUGUCUUAUUUAUUGGGGAGAAUGUCCGAUUGUUUGUUGAAGCGUUCCACCCGCCAAGUGACGUGCCGGUCCAGGUUUACAUGGCUGUUCUCCUAGUCUUCCUCGUCCCCUUCUCGUUCAUCAAGAACCUCAAGUCGCUUGCACCAUUUGCCAUCUUCGCCAACCUGUUAACCAUGACUGGUAUUGUCAUCAUCCUCGUGUACUGCGUCCAGGAUCUACCACCAGUCACCACUUACCCCCUCAUGGCAGAUUUCGGGAGGAUACCUUUGUUCUUCGGUUCAGUGGUGUUUGCAUUUGAAGGGAUAAGCCUGGUGAUUCCUAUUGAGAUGAAGAUGAAGACACCCCAGGACUUCAUGGGUAUGACGGGUGUACUCAACACGGGAAUGGUGAUAGUCAUGUGUCUGUAUGUGGCGGUUGGCUUCUUUGGAUACAUGAAGUUUGGAAACGCAGCAUUGGGGAGCAUCACGUUAAAUAUGCCGACAGACCAUUGGAUCUAUCUGUCUGUGAAGAUCAUGUUCCCAAUAGCCCUCUUUAUCAGCUAUGGUCUCCAAUUCUACGUGCCAGUCUGCAUCCUGUGGCCACCCAUUGAGGCGCGAAUAUCAUCCCCGCGAUGGAAGGUCUGGGGAGAAUAUGUCUUCAGAACAUUUUUGGUGCUAUUUACAUUUGCAUUAGCCGCUGUGAUUCCUCAUUUAGAGUUACUCAUCUCGCUCAUCGGGGCAUUGAGUAGUUCAUCUCUAGCGCUCAUCUUCCCGCCAAUCAUCGAGAUUGCCACCUAUUGGCCUGAUAACAAACUAGGACGAUACAAAUGGAUGUUAUGGAAGGAUAUACUCAUAGUAGUAUUCGGAUUAUUAGGAUUCGUGACUGGCACAUUUGUAUCCCUGAAGGAGAUCAUCGUAGCAUUCUCGAGUGGAAAGUAACAGUGAUAGACCUAAGAUAGGUGGUGCUACAUUGAGCAGUGCUUUGAGAUAAACCUUCCACAGUUGGUACUUAUGUUACGAAAGGUGUUUUUCGCUGCUCACCUAAAUGCAAACAAAAGAUAGAGCUGCUGUAGGCGUUGAUAAAGUUAGGAAAUGGCUUGAAAACUAGCUCACCUGUAUUUAACAUGAGAUGUGUAUGACCUGAUGUUUUAGACAUGUUGCUGUACAUUGCUGGUGAAGUACUCAGUGUCAUUCUCAGUUUCUAAUCAAUGCUGUGUUAAUGCAUUUUGAUGAUGUGAUGUAUGAUGUAUGAUGUGUGGGAUUGGCCCAAACUAUUGCAUCUUCUGUUUCAUUGAAUAGGAAGUUUAUUUUAUCCAGAAGUAUUAUUCAGAUGGUUUUUUUGUAUUGCAUCAGCAGAAGUUUUAGAUACCUUUGAAUAAUAUACCCUGGCCAACCCACAUCAGCUGAUCUCGUUAUGCUGAGUGGGGAGAUUAGAGUAAAGUCAGCUGAGUACAAAUUUGUCUCAGAAUGGUUUUUUUUGUUGAAAUUAUGAUGUAUGUAUGUUUAAAAUGUUUUAAUCAAUAAUGGUUUAAUGCGAUUCCUCCGAAGGAUAAAUGAUGAUCAUGUGGUCAGUGUCUAAUCUUGUAUAUAGUGUUGAUAUAUUUGGUUCAUUUGUGAUCAGAAACAGUACCGAAAACUGAUAAACUAGACUCACUCAGUGGUGCAGACAGUCCUUGUCUUUGGACUCCUCUGUGGAAUCUUUCAGUUAUUUCCUCAGUUACUGUUGGCUGUUGUUAAGUGUUCUGCGAACAUUAGAUGACAUUUUUUCUAAAAGCUACUUCGUGGACACGCAUGGCUUCGUGGACACGCAUGGCUUCGUGGACACGCAUGGCUUCGUGGACACGCAUGGCUUCCUGUUGAUAUGAUUGGUUUGUUUGAAUAUGGUGCUAACUUUAUUUGCCAUGACAUUUAGUUAUAACUAUAGAGUAAAUGUGGGAUGAGAUGUCUGGUAAACCUGUUCUGUCUAUGUAUGACGUUUACACUGUGUCGGUAAAUUCAUACUUCCAAAAGAGCUGUUCAUUCACAUCACAAAAUGGAAUUAAGCUUUGGUAGGUUUCUCCAACUUAAAGCUUGUGUUGUGAAAGUUUGAAUUUGUUCUGAAGUAUUUCUGUCUUUAUGGUGAUCUUCUAGCCAAUUAGAGAAUGUUAUGUUAAUUUAGAACUGAGUGCAAUACUAAAGUUGUGAUGUGAUUGUGAUAACAGAUUUUGUUGGCGAUAGAUAAUUUUGUAACUUUUAAUAUAUUUUUAAUGCAAAACCUCAAUUUCUGUAUUGUAAUUCUGCAUCAGCAAGGGUUGUGUUGGUCUUGUUUGAAUAUCCAAAGAAAUAGGUUACAUUAAUGACACCAUGCGAUUAUUCAGUUGGAACUGAAGCUUAUUUUAAAGAGGUGUAGCCUUUCAUUCCUGAAUCAGCUGAGGGUGAGUGAUGCCCUUGAAUAUGCAUGAUAUCAACUUCAUCCAUCUGUGACGAUAAUUUUAAGUGACAUCAACAGGGCUUUGCACAUUUAUGAUCAGCAGAAAGGGUAGGGGGAAAUAUAAUUGCAGUGACAAUAUGAAGAAUAUUCUUGAAAUACAUGUACCGUUGCAAGAAAGACAAUUUAUCUGUACUCAAUUUCAAAAUAUAAAUGUGUCUCAAAU